AUGCCCACUCCAUCCAACCUCCACAACACGGAUUCUCGUGCGCACCCAUUCUCCUCGACUUGUCCCGACGACCAAACAACAGUUCCAACGCAACCGCCCUCUCCAUCGAGCUGGAACCCCCCGCUCCCCUCUUCGUAUGCCGAACACGUCGUCGUCACCGUCUCUGCGAACGAUUCCGACGGCCCAAUCACGUCACGGCCUGCCUCACGAAGCGAUGACGACAGGGCAAGUCCCAAUACAGAUACUGGGGAUGAUGCCCACGACAAUGAUGAUGACGUACAAAAUGGAAUGGGACCGGUGGACUACGAGUCCACGAGGUUAGAUACGGACGACGAGUUGUCCCCAGAGCAACCAGGCGCCGCAGCAGCACAGGGUGGCUCGUCCGUGCCCACAAGCUCUACAUCUAGAAUCUCGCAUACGACACCGUCCCGGAGCGCCGACGGAGAUGUGAAUAUGCAGCACAAUUGGGCCGACGGGCCAUCGAUGUCAGAGAGCUACUUUUCGCAAUUAAGAGUUAUUCCCACAACGCCAUCCUCAUACCUACGACCAGGAAGCAAGUUUUAUGGGACACAGCACUCAGAAAGACAGAUUUAUGACGUACAGGUCGAGAUUAAACAUGUCGACUUGGCGGAAUCUUUCUUAUGCGGUUAUCUGCGCAUACAAGGCCUAACCGAGGACCACCCUACUUUGACGACGUAUUUUGAGGGCGAAAUAAUUGGCCCCAAGUACUCGUUUACGACAAAGCAUCCGUCGUGGGGAGCUAACGAAAAGACUGAUCUGACACACUGGUCAAAGUUCGCUGCCUUCCGACCGUUCGCCAAGGCGGCACGUAAGGGGGGAGCAGUCAUCCGCGACGUCGCGCAGCGCGAACAUAUAUUCAUGCGCUGGAAGGAAAUUUUCCUAGUGCCGGACCACCGAGUACUAACUAUCAAUGGUGCCAGUUUCGAGGGUUUCUACUACAUUUGCUUCAACCAGAUCAGGGGCGACAUUACUGGCAUUUAUUUCCACAGCAAGAGCGAAAGGUUUCAACAGCUAGAGCUCAAGCAUGUCGAGGAUAAGGGAUGUUUCAGCGCUAUGGAGUUUCGUUGA